AUGAAGAGCUACGAAGAUGACGAUGAUGAUGAUGAUGAUGAUUUUGAGUUCCUUUGUGUGUGUAAAGACCUCACCUCUACCGAUGAGAUCUUCAACAACAGCCAGAUCAAGCUUGUUUUCCCUAUUUUCGGCAAAGAUUUGUUGUUUUCUGAUGUUGAAAAUUGUAAAGGUGAAGUGAAUUCUUCUAAGCCUCCCACUCCAUCGUUGAUUCAGAUUCCCGAGGACCGCGAUCCUCCGUUAUGCUUCUCCUCCGAAGCCGACGAGCUCAACGGAGUUCCGACAGGAACCUACUGCAUCUGGAAACUGAAAUCUGAUACGUCUGCGGUGGCGGUGUUGCUAGAGAGAUGUAAGAAGAGCAGCUCGACGGGAUCAUCAAAGCGGUGGAAGUUUCGCGAUCUUCUCUAUCAGAGCAACAGCGACGACAAGGACACCUUCAUCUUUCUCACUUCUUCGAAUGCCAAUUUGAAGAAGAACAACAACAAAAAGGCCUCCGAGAGAGCAACAAAAGUAAAAUUCACCGGAAAAGUGAAGCCGAUGGUGGCCAGAGGAGAAGUGACGGUGGCGCAGGAGGGAGAUCGGAGUCGGUUGUUGAUGCCGUACAGGCAAGAUUUGCUAGGGUUCUUUGCUAACGUGAACAGGUUGAGCAGAAAAUCUCAAGGAAAUUGGAAAUGCUCUCAAAGGUAUUAUCUGGUAGAAGGACAGUCAAUAGCAACUUGA